AUGCGCGUCCUCUUAUUUGGUGGGACAGGAAGACUUGGAUCCCGAUGCAUACAAGCUCAUCUCGCUCAUGGUCAUGUUCUCACCGUCUAUGUACGAAACACUGAUAAAUUGAAAACCAUGGUCACACCUGCCGUCAUAAACAGCCUCGAAGCAGUUGUAGCAGGUGACGCCACCGAUUCCGUAGCAAUCAAAAAAGCCAUCGAAGAACAUAAUAUCGAAGCUAUUGUCGAUGUUGCAGGCAAUCAAGUGCUUCCAUGGAAAGAGUUCGUACUUUCUAAAAUUGCUAAAGCUGUCACCGAUGCUGCUGUUGCCGUCGGGAAAGAAAGAGGCAAGCCAAUCAGGGUAUGGCUCAUCACUUGGCCUGGCGAGUUAAAACUUUCUGGUUCCGAAAAUGCUCUUGAGGAUUUUUUUCCCAUGGCUGCAGCACAGCAUGUCGCAACCGCCGAGGUCGUUAAAGCUAUCCCCGUCUCAGAUCUAAAGUGGUCCCUGCUUUGCGUGGCCUGGAUGUACGAUGCUCCUCCAAAGCAAAAUGCACUUGAUCUUCUGCCAAGUCCAAGACAUCAUACCUUGACCGUCCAGUCAAGUGUCCUACCGGGUUGGAAAUGGAGUUUUUUAAGCAAUUUGCCAUACGUUGGCGGCUUUUUCAAGAGAUUCGAGGUGUGGUUGAAUACCAUUCUUGAGUACGGAGCUUAUUAUGAGGAUGUUGCCGAUUUGUUGGCUGAGGACUUGGAGAGUGGUGAUGAUUCGCGAGUUGGCAAAUUAGUGGGAUAUAAACAGAUGGGCGCAAAAAGCACUUGA